AUGGAAAAUUCUUCUUCUUCCUCCACUGUUUCUACAGAAAGUGAGAAAAACAGCGUUUUGAACCUUAAAGAAACUGAGCUGAGACUGGGGUUACCCGGUUCUGAUUUUCUUGAAAUAAAGGCUGGAACUGGGAUUUCUCUUUUUGGGAAAGAUUUGAAGGAUGAGAGCAAUAAUGGGUUUUCACAAUUCCCUUUGAAGAACGUGGUUUCAGGUGCUAAAAGGGUUUUUUCUGAUGCCAUUGAGGGAUCUGGAAAAUGGGGGUUUUCUUUAAAUAGUGGAUCUGAAGUUGAUUUGGGAAAUGGUGGUUCCGAAAAUACUAAUACUUUACAAUGUUCUUUAGCUGGACCUUCUGGAAAAGAAAUUGAAAACCCUAAUCCUGGAAAGCCUUUGGAAGAGAAAAAGAAUGAAAAUAAUAGUGCGGCUCCUGCUUCAAAGGCACAAUUGGUGGGAUGGCCACCAGUUCGAUCUUUCCGAAAGAACACCCUAGCCACUAAUUUAUCUAAAAACAAUGAUGUUGAGGGAAAAUCGGGAGUAGGCUGCCUUUAUGUGAAGGUUAGCAUGGAUGGUGCUCCGUAUUUGAGGAAGAUCGACCUUAAAACCUAUUGCAGCUACAAAGAGCUUUCUUCUGCUCUCGAGAAAAUGUUUAGUUGCUUUACUAUUGGGCAAUAUGCGUCUCAUGGACUUCCCGGGCAAGAGCAUCUUAGAGAGAAUUGCUUAAAGGAUCUUUUCCAUGGCUCUGAAUACGUUCUGACUUAUGAAGACAAGGAUGGUGACUGGAUGCUCGUUGGUGAUGUUCCAUGGGAGAUGUUCACGGAUUCUUGCAAGAGAUUAAGGAUCAUGAAAAGCUCAGAUGCAACCGGUCUAGCUCCAAGGGCUAUGCAGAAGUGCAAGAGCCGAACCUAG